AUGUCGGGAAAUGGUGAUAGAAAGCAAGAGAAUGGUGCCAGGCAGAGUGAAAAUGCUGAGAUGGACGCCUCGGAAUGUAUGAAGAAGCUCAAAGCAAAAGAGGGUGAAGUCGUUGACCUUACAAGUCGAUUACGCUACCUUCAAGCUGACUUCCUCAAUCUCCAAAGAAAUGCCGCACGAGAGAAGGAACAGACCAAGGAUUUUGCCAUCACUCGCUUCGCAGGCGACCUCCUAGAAACCGUUGACGUCCUCUCACUUGCGCUGAAAUCUGUCCCGGAAAGCGCACUAAAAUUGCCAGCCGAUGACUUACCUGCCGCUGCCUCUCAGUCCGCCUCCGCUUCGUCAUCCUCCGACUCGUCUUCAUCCUCCUCCACCUCUACAUCACCCAAUUCCCAAGCAGAACCGACGAAGACCGCCUCAGAAUACCUCCGCGAACUACAUCACGGCGUCGAGAUGACACAUCGACUGUUACUCCAAACCCUCUUCAAGUACAACGUCAAGCCAUUCGACCCAACAGGGGAUGCUUUUGAUCCUAAUCGACACGAGGCACUCUACCAAGCGCCCAUCCCUGGCAAAAAACCUGGUACCGUCAUCGACUGCCAAAAACAGGGCUUCACGAUAAAAGACCGCACGCUCCGCGCCGCGCAAGUCGGUGUCGCCGCUGAGUCAUCAUCAUAA